CGGAGGCAGUUGGCGCGGCCCGGGAGGUGGCUGCACGUGCCGGCGGGGGCGAUGCGUCACUGAUCGGAGGAACAAGAAUGAAUAUGACUCAAGCCCGGGUUCUGGUGGCUGCAGUGGUGGGGCUGGUGGUUGUCCUCCUCUACGCCUCCAUCCACAAGAUUGAGGAAGGACACCUGGCGGUGUACUACAGGGGAGGAGCUUUACUAACUAGCCCCAGUGGACCAGGCUAUCAUAUCAUGUUGCCUUUCAUUACUACGUUCAAAUCUGUGCAGACAACGCUACAAACUGAUGAAGUUAAAAAUGUGCCUUGUGGAACAAGUGGUGGGGUCAUGAUCUAUAUUGACCGAAUAGAAGUGGUUAAUAUGUUGGCUCCUUAUGCAGUGUUUGAUAUCGUGCGGAACUACACUGCAGAUUAUGACAAGACUUUAAUCUUCAACAAAAUCCACCAUGAGCUGAACCAGUUUUGCAGUGCCCAUACACUUCAAGAAGUUUACAUUGAAUUGUUUGAUCAAAUAGAUGAAAACCUGAAGCAAGCUUUGCAGAAAGAUUUAAACAUCAUGGCCCCAGGUCUCACUAUACAGGCUGUGCGUGUUACAAAACCCAAAAUCCCAGAAGCCAUAAGAAGAAAUUUUGAGUUAAUGGAGGCUGAGAAGACAAAACUUCUUAUAGCUGCACAGAAACAAAAGGUUGUGGAGAAAGAAGCUGAGACAGAGAGGAAAAAGGCUGUUAUAGAAGCAGAGAAGAUUGCACAAGUGGCAAAAAUUCGGUUUCAGCAGAAGGUGAUGGAGAAAGAAACUGAAAAGCGCAUUUCUGAAAUUGAAGAUGCUGCAUUUCUGGCCCGAGAGAAGGCGAAAGCAGAUGCUGAGUAUUAUGCUGCACAUAAAUAUGCCACCUCAAACAAGCACAAACUGACCCCGGAAUAUCUGGAGCUCAAAAAGUACCAGGCCAUUGCUUCUAACAGUAAGAUCUACUUUGGCAGCAACAUCCCUAGCAUGUUCGUGGACUCCUCUUGUCCUUUGAAAUAUUCAGAUGUUAGGACUGGAAGAGAAAGCUCCCUUGCCUCUAAGGAUGCUCUCAAACCCUCUGGAGAGAGUCCUAUCCAAAACAAGGAGAGCACAGGUUGAUGCAAGAGGUGGAAAUAUUCUCCUAUAUCAAGAUGUGGCCCAAGAGUUUCAGUGGGAACAGUGGUUAUAUGGGCUCUUCAGAGAACUUACAGAGAACUUGUGCUCCAUCUGUUCUGCCUCUCCUGUGAUAGUCCUGCUUUGUCAGCUGAUUGCAGGAUAGAGCCAGCUGUCUGGCACUCAAAUGGUCUUUACAGCCACAGUUUUAUCAAGUGUCCUGUAUGUGUUUCUUUCUAAACUGGUACUCAUGAAUGAGGGAAAGUCUGAUGCUAAGAUACUGCCUGCACUGGAAUGUUAAACACUAAAUAUAUAACAAGCUGUGUUUUUCUAAGCUGAGAUUUAUUGAAUAAUGUUUACAUUGGUCCCUGGGGAAAUGUGUGCUCAGCCAUUCAGAGAGAAGAUGGCCAGGAUAUGGUAAGUUAAAGAAGACUGAUUAUACCUGGAACCCAGGCUCUCUCUUUGGGGUCCAGUCUCAGCAUUCAUCCAUGUGAUUAACAUCCAGGUCACCAAGGUUCCCAGGAAAUGAUCUUCCACUUGAGCAAAGAUUUACUUGAUUUGAUUUGCACCUUUCUGUUUUCCGACAGUCACGUUGGUGGCCUGCAGACAUGUGUGCUUUGCCACCUAACCAGAGAUUCCUUAUAGAGGUUCCUAAUCACUAGUUCAUUGCAUUAGUAGGCUCAGCGAUAAAGAGGGCUUGGUUUGAAGCUUUGGGUGAUAUGAAAUCUUUGCUAUGAGCCCAAGCUCUGGGGCCCUGCAUUUCCUCCAUUGAGUGAUGACUGUCAGCAUCACUGCUCAUGCCAUGUGUGACUAAGGUGCCUGUUUUUUAGCCACAGUUAACUCCUUGUGUCACCUCUUAGCUGUCUCUGACCUAGAGCGGGAAAGGGCUUUAACCAGAAAUAGGAGCAGCAUACAAUUCUUAGCCUUUACUGCACAGUAUUGUAUCAAUUGCAGGAAGUUUUUAUUUUUAAAACUGGAUUUGGGGUACAUUAAUUUGCUCCAGCCCUUCUGUUUAAAGGCCAAAUCCUAGGGCUGCAUGGUUACUCGCAUGUAAUUCUCCUUAAUAUGUUCAUCAGGAGCCCACACAAUGUUGAACAGAGAGUAACCUAGAAAGUAUCCUUGGUCAUAACGUUGUCUCCUUCCCUCCUGGCCCGGAGAUGCUGAAAUCAAAGUUAUAUCUCCAACUUUCGCCUUCCCUAAGAGAUCAAGAUUUUACUGACUUCCUGGCAACCAGCAAAUUUAAUUUUCUGUGAGAAGAUGACAGAGUUAACUUGUGGCAAUAGGAGACCUACUUCAUACGGACCUUUUCUUCCUUCAGAUUAACUUUCCUGGAACCGUGUGCCGCAUAGUUAGGCCUGAGUUUCUGUGACUUGUUAAGACACCUCUUGUGCGCACCAUGUUGAAGCCAGACAGAAAAGUCAUGGGACCACUCCAGAAACCUUUCAGCUGUCAGUACUGUCAGCUUUGUGACAGCUUGUGGGUUGUGCCAAACACUUUAUUUGGGAAAGGAAAGCCCAGAUUUGAAUGGGUUUUUUCCCUGGGCCUUAUACUAUACAGGCAUUUGUAAUAUGGAGAAAAUAAUUUUUUUUUGCUCAUUUAAUACUAUACAUUCUCUUUAUGAAUGAAUUUUGUGUUCUUUAGCCCUUCUUAAAAGAUUUUGUGAAUUAUAAAAGUAAACCUUGAACUUGUCAUAUUGCUGCAGAUAAAUACUGAUUGUUGUGGGAAAUCUGGAUCAUUGACCUCUGUGCUUUUAUUCCUAGAGAUGUUUCCUAUUCACAUGAGUGAAAAGCUGUUGCCCCAAAGUGAUGACUGUGGCUUUUCUUACCAGCCACAAGCCCUGGUGGCAGGGUUGAAGAACAGGGAAAUGCCAUUGUGGAGUUUUAAAGAAAGCACUUCCACUGAAACUCCCCAUGGGUGUGCUUCCCUGCACCCACUCAGUGAGCUCGAAGUCUAGCCAUCCUUCAGGGAUGUUCCUUUUGGCAAUUAUAUACUGUAAUCUUGAAGUCUAAAUUUAUAUGUGAAAUGCUACAUUUUUAAAAAUAAGACACUAAAUAAAAUUAUUUUACUAUCAGUGA